UCAAGCCCCUGCCGGAGGAGCUUUUGUGCGCGCUGUCUCCUGCUCGCCCUGCGCAGGUGCGCGCUCCAUUCGGCGCGCUGCGAAUGCCAAAGGACCCGGAGCUGUGGCUGCCCGAAGAUGUGGCAAACGAGCAAGACGUGGUUGCCUUUGUCUCGUACAUUCGGUCGUACAAGGAGCAUCUGCUGAAGCACGUGCUGAACUACAAAGAGCUUGACUUCGCAGGGCUAACAGACCUGUACUGUCUGAAGCGCCUGCCGCACGUGCCUGAGAUGCGGGGCGUGCACAUUCCGCGGCUACCUGCCCUUCCAAAGAAGAAGGAGUGCGUGCCAUUUGAGUUGGUUGAGGGCACAGGCCCAGAGGGCACCCCCGCAGAGGAUGCGCCAUGUUCUGCUCCUCCAAGAAAGGCCCCCGCUAGAAGAACGCGCCGCGCUAACAUACCCAACAUAUACAAGCGACAGAAGCGAUAG